AUGGUUUUAAACGACGAAAUUGAAGAGCGUGAACAUUUAUCAUUGGUGUCUGAAAUAUGUACGGAAUUGGAAAAUCACUUGGGGCUUAACGACAGGGAUAUAGCUGAGUUGAUAAUUUAUUUGGCGACCGAAAACCCAACACCUGAUGGAUUCAAACAGGCGUUACGAGAAAAUCGAGGUGACCUGUCUGAUGCAUUUAUGGACAACCUUUUGCAAAUAAUUCAGGACAGGAAAGAAGACGUCAAUAUCGAACUGGUAGAGGAGAAUCGUCCGUUUCUUCAGAAUCACAAUAGAACCGUUCCAGACUGGAGUCCCGUACAAAUUUUCAGAAAUCCUGACAGGCCAUUAGCGUUUGCUGCGAGAGAGCGAAGACACAGAUUCGACGAGGAAAUCGUAGUAUUUCCUCGUGAAAAUGAUGAAAGAGAAGACGUCGAAAUCGAAAUCGAUGUGAUAGAGGAGAAUUGUUCGUUUUUACAGGAUUACAAUAGAAUCUUUCGAAACUUGAGUCCCGUACCAGUCGUUAGAAAUCCUAACGGAUCACUGGCGCUGGCUGCGAUGACGCAGGGUGCUCUAGCCCGAGAACGUCGAGAGCAGAGGAUGCUGCAGCGUCAAUUGGAGGCGGGUGAAGCUCCACUGGCUUCAAGAGAAAAUGAACCUUGAAAAAAAACUUGAUCGGGUCAUUUACCACGAGCUCGUACAAACUACUAAGGAAUUAAUGCGGGAGGUAACUACGAUUGAUCCCAAAUGGCUUGUUGAAUUCGCCCCAGCGUUCUUCAAAUUUAAUCUCUGUUCAUAUUCUUAUAAAAUGUUCACA